AUGCCGCCAAAAGUUAAAGCACCUAAAGUCAAAGUGGAAAAACCAUUUGCAUAUGAACGAAAUCUUAAUAGUAGAUUCAAAUUUGGAGCUCACGUGGGUAUGUCAGGUGGAAUAUAUAAAGCAGUCACUAAUUCUAUGAAUAUUGGUGGUAAUAGCUUUGCAUUGUUUUUGAAAUCGCCUCGUAAAUGGGUAUCGCCAGCUUUAAAACCUGAUGAUAUUGCUAAAUUUGCUGAAUUAUGCAAACAACACAAUUAUAACCCAAGAACUGAUAUUUUACCUCAUGGUUCAUAUUUUAUUAACUUAGCCAACCCGGAUCCUGAAAAGGAAGCUAAAGCAUAUGAUUCAUUUCUUGAUGAUUUGAAACGAUGUGAACAGUUGAAUAUUGGACUAUAUAAUUUCCAUCCUGGAUCAAGUUUAGAUGGUGAUCGAAAACAAGCAUUGAAACAACUAGCUAAUAAUAUCAAUAAAGCAAUCAAGGACACUGCAUUUGUUAAAAUUGUAAUUGAGAAUAUGGCUGGUCAUGGGAACCUCAUUGGAUCUGAUUUGAAAGAUAUACGUGAAGUGAUUGAUAUGGUUGACGAUAAAUCACGAGUAGGUGUUUGUUUAGACACCUGUCAUUCAUUUGCUGCUGGGUAUGACAUUACAGACGAGGAUAAAUGGAAUGCAUUUCUUAAACAAUUUGAUGAGAUUGUUGGAGCUGAGUACCUUAGUGCUAUACAUUUAAAUGAUUCAAAAGCUCCAUUAGGAGCCAAUCGUGAUUUACAUCAGAAAUUGGGUCAAGGUUUCCUCGGACUAGAGGUGUUUAGAGCUAUCGCCAACUGUGAUAGAUUACAAGGUAUACCUAUUGUAUUGGAAACCCCUGUAGGAGACGAUGAUGAAAUAUAUGGAGAAGAAAUUAAACUUCUUGAAUGGCUUGAAGGUAGACCAAAAGAUGAUGCUGAUUUUAUUGCCAAGAAGGAUGAGUUAUGGGCAUUAGGUAAAAAGGAAAGAGAUGAACAAUUGAAAAAGUUUGAAGUAAAGACGAAAAAAAGGGCUAAAGAUGAGGAAAAAAAUGGUGAUAUUACAAAGAUGGUGAAGAAGAAGAAGGUGGGUGCAAAAUAG